CCGGAUUCCGCCAGGACUGGAGUCUGGUCCUAUACCCUAUGCAAUAACUAUAAAUCCAGCCAGACCUUAGGUCUGGUAGUGACAUCCAAAGCUGCCAAUGCAAAUGUGCCGCCAAUCUCUGUAGAUGUUCACAUGAACGAGGACACAAAUUAUUACCCCACUACAAUGAUUGUGUAUGCAUCAGUCAGCCAAGGUCUACUGCCAGUGAAGGGGGCAAAGGUCACUGCCAUCAUCACUUCAGAAAAAGGCAACCUGACUACACUUGAACUUCUGGACAAUGGAGCAGGUAAAGUUGUUAUGAAGCCACCAGAUCCUCUGGGC